GAGUUGGGCGACCCCGACAUCUCCGUGGAAUUCGUCCGCAAGUUCUCGGACAACCCGUCCCUCAGCUCGUCCAGGUACCACUCCGCACAGUGCCAGCUUCAGGACAGCUACGUGGUCGACGGCACCGUCCUCGGCUGCGGCGCCAGCGGGGAGGUGGUGGCCGCCACCUGCCGGCUGGACGGGCGGAGGUACGCCCUCAAGCGCUUUUCGAAGCAGUCGCUGUCACCGGAGGCGCUGUCGAUGCUCAAGCGCGAGGAUGCCCUUGCGCUGGUGAUGGAGUGCUGCAAUGGUGGAGAGUUGUUCGAUCAUUUGCACAGGAAGCAGUCCUACGCGGACGAGGACCGGGACGCCCAUUUGAAAUUAAUCGACUUUGGCUUUGCAAAGGUCUGGGAUCAUAUGACACCGAUGAAGGCCGCGUGCGGGUCCAUGGAUUAUGUCAGUCCUGACGUGCUUUCGGGCAGCGGCUACACUGACGCGUGCGACAUGUGGAGCCUGGGCGUGAUCGUCUUCAUGCUCCUUGCGGGCCAUCCGCCGUUCUACGGCGGCACCCGCAGGGACGUCGCCAUGAAGAUCGUGAGCGGCGAGCCGGACUGGGCCUCGGCCGCUGCCAAGUGGCAGUCCGUGUCCCGGGACGGCGUGGACUUCGUGCUCCGCCUCCUGACCAAGGACCCCGGUAGGCGCCCCAGCGCCCAACAGGCGCUCGGCCUGCGCUGGGUCUCCACCCCCAAGUUCUCCUUGGGCUCCGAGGUGGGGUCGGAGGCGCUGCGCUCCCUGCGCCGCUACGCGCAGUCCUCGCGCCUGCGCCGCGCCGUGCUGCAGCUCCUCGCGCAGGAGCUGGACCCCCGCGCGGAGGCGCACGCGCGCGAGCUGCGGACCGCCUUCCUGCGGAUGGACCGGGACGGCAGCGGCCGCGUCCCCCUGGAGGAGCUGAGAGACGCCAUGCGCUGGUGCCGGGCCUCGUCCGGCGAGGACGCGGGCUUCGGCUCCUUCGAGCUGCCCACGCCACCGCAGAGCCCUCUGGCGCCCUACGGGGCCUGGGGAGGUAUCCGGCGGCUGCUGGCACCCAGCCGCAGGGAGUGCAAGCAUUGCGUGACGCCGUCCACGAGCGCCAGCAGCCUGCUGGACGUGGACGAGGGCGCCCCUCCGGCCUCCGCGCGCACCCCGCCCGCUGGCAUGCGGGAGCUGUGCCGCGCGCUGGACAGGAAGGGCACUGGGCAGGUCUCCUACUCCGACUUUCUGGCGGCGACGAUGGGGUCCCCCGGCUGGCGGCCGCGGGAGGGGGCGCUGCGCAGAGCGUUCCGGCGGCUCGACGCGGACGGGUCGGGCGCCGUCGAUGCCGGCGACCUGCACGCGACGCUCGGGGAGACGCUCGACGGGGCGUGGCCAGAGGACCUGCUGAGCGAGGCGGGUCUGGGCGGCGCGGAGGGGAUGAGCUACGAGGCGUUUGUGAAGCUGGUGGAGGGCUGACCCCCCCGGAUCUAGACCCGCCCCCCCCUGGAGGCAGGCGGCCCAGGGGGGGGCCCUCUCGCGCCCCGAUGGCGCCGUGAAGGCAGCCACGACGGGCGUUCGCUCUGCCCUGCCCGCGCUGCCCGGGAGCUGCUGUAGGGUUCCUGCCGGUCUUCGCCAUCCUCUCGCCAGGUCCUCCUUCUCGCCA